UUUUUCGCCCUGCGAAAGAAAAACUUAGCGAGUGCAAAACAAGACAUCGGUCUAAUUUGUCUGUCUGUCUAUUUGCAUGUGUCAUUUAUUUAAUUCUAAAUAUUUAUUAUAUUCAUAAUGGGUAUUUUAGAGAAAAUUAACGAAAUAGAGAAGGAAAUAUCAAGGACACAGAAAAAUAAAGCUACUGAAUACCAUUUGGGUGUCCUGAAAGCAAAGCUUGCAAAAUAUAGAUCUCAACUGUUAGAACCUACGGGGAAAAAGGAAAAGGGCGAAGGUUUUGAUGUUAUGAAAUCUGGAGAUGCUCGUGUAGCAUUGAUUGGUUUUCCGUCUGUUGGUAAGUCUACACUUUUGAACAUCUUGACAGAUACUCACAGUGAAUCUGCUUCUUAUGAAUUUACAACACUGACUUGCAUACCAGGUGUUAUUCCU